AUGUUUGGAGAAGCUGGAGCAUUGACAGCCAAAGAUCUCACCAAACACGACACUAAGGAUGAUGCUGUGGUUGAUUUUAGAAAGGGAUGCUUCCACAAGCCAUCACAUGACACAACCAAUGCAAUCUUCAAACCAGGAAGAGAAUAUGCAUAUUGUGUGUUGCUACUGAUGGCCACACUGGUUGCAACCAUAACCUACCAAGCAGCAUUUAGUCCUCUUGGAAGAGGUACUCUCAAAGAAGGCUAUGCAUAUGAUUAUGACACAAAUGGCUUUCUCCAACUGAGAAAACCAGAUUCGAUUAUAACCCGAUCAUUCCUAUUGCUCAACUCCACCGGGUUUGUUGCAUCGGUGGCCAUGAUUAUAUUCCUCCUGCAUGAAUUCCCACUGAAACCAUGA